AUGGAAGCUAUAAUAAAAAAUGGGUCGCAUUCUCUAGCUCUUGUUCAUUAUUGCCCAAAGACCUCGGCAUCGUUCAUCCGAGCUCGCUGUCUGAGUUUUUCUAAAAACUCGUUCCCCAAAAAGAUGGUCGUCGUCGCAACUAGAGCUACGCCGAGCAUUAGUGAUCAUGAAGCCACAAAUCGUCCGUUAUUUCAGUUUCCGCCUUCUCUAUUGGAUGAUCGCUUCCUUUCCCUUUCCAAAAAUGACUCGGAAAUGGAAAGCCUUGGUAGAAAUAUCGAGGUACUUAAGGCUAGGGUAAGUGACAAGCUGGUUUGUUUGGACGCGAAGGGGAAGAUACACUUGAUCCAUAUGCUAGUCAGUCUUGGAGUCGCAUACCAUUUCGAGAAACAGAUCGAAGAGUUCCUGAAAGAUGCUUUCGAGAAGGUGGAGAAUAUUACCAUCGGAGAAGAAGAUAUAUACAGCAUUUCUGUCAUCUUCCGGGUCUUUAGACUGUAUGGUCACAAGUUAUCUUCCGAUGUGUUCAACAGGUUUAAAGAAGAGAAUGGGGAUUUUAAGAAAUGCCUGAUUGAUGAUGUAAGAGGUAUCCUAAGUUUCUACGAAGCGUCGCAUUUUGGGACGAAUACAGAAGAAAUACUGGACGAAGCGAUGCAGUUCACGCACAAACACUUGGAGCUAUAUGUAGGAGGAGGCACCAAUGCCGACAAUGAGGCACAUAUAUCUGAGCUCAUACGAAACGUGUUGUAUCUUUCUCAGCAAGAAAACGCAGAGGUGAUAGUGGCAAGAGAAUAUAUUCGGUUCUACGAACAAGAGCCACAUCACGACGAGAUGUUGCUCAAGUUCGCCAAGCUCAAUUUCAAGUUCAUGCAGUUGCACUAUAUGCAAGAGCUUCAAACCGUCGUGAGAUGGUGGAAAGAGCUAGAUUUAGAAUCGAAGAUCCCUAAUUACUAUAGAGAGAGAGUAGUGGAGUGCCUAUUCUGGGCAACGGUGGUGUAUAUGGAGCCACAGUAUUCAACUGCUAGAAUAAUACUGGCCAAGUGCAUCGUGUUUCUCACCAUUUUGGAUGACGUAUACGAUGCCUAUUGUACUCUACCUGAAGCUAUCGGUUUCACUGAAAGCUUGGAAAGGUGGGAAGCUGAUGCCGUAGACAUGCUACCAGAUCAUCUGAAGGUCUUCUUGAGGUCAUUGAUAGACUUUUUCCAAGAUUUGGAAGGAGAAGUGAAAUCAGAAGGGAGAUUGUACAAUGUGCAGUAUGCAAUAGACGAGAUUAAAAGACUAUUCAGAGCGGACCUUGCACUAGCGAAGUGGGCACGCACAGGAUACACACCAAACUUUGACGAAUACAUGGAGGUUGGAUUAGUAACUGGGGGAGUAGAUUGUACGGCUGCCGUGGCCUUCAUUGGUAUGGGGGAGAUUGCAGGAAAAGAAGUUUAUGACUGGUUAAGAUCAAGACCUAAACUCAUUCAAACUCUAGAUCUAAAAUCACGUUUCAGAGAUGAUGUUGUCACCUACAAGGAUGAAAUGGCUAGAGGAGAGAUUGCCACAGGGAUCAACUGCUAUAUGAAGCAAUACGGAGUUACCGAAGAAGAAGCGUUUCUAGAUUUUGACAGAAAGGUUAAACAUGCUUCCAAGCUAAUGAAUGAAGAGUAUCUUAAGACGAAUAUGCCUUUGAAAAUUGCGCGUGUAGCUUUUAACAUUGGACGGCUUAUUGAUGUAAACUACAAGCACGGUGAUGGAUUUACUUAUAUGGAGAUGUUACAAGGCCAAAUCAACUCUUUGUUCAUUGAUCUAAUCACCAUUUAAGAUGUUUGAUAGCCUUGAU